AUGUUCUUUCAUUUUCUUCCUCGUGCCAUUACGUUUUUUUCUUCUUCAUCGGAUUCCGUUAUUCGCAUUUUUUUUUCCUUUCUUGUCGUUCAUUCGUUUAUUUAUUUAGUGUUUGCUUUUAUCUUUAGCAAUAUGUGUUUUUUUUUUUCAUUUUUAGUUCUUAAUUCUUUUACAUUUGCUUUCUUUCUUAACUUCUUUCUUUUCUCUAGACUCAUUCCUUCUAUUUUAUUUUAUGUCUUUUUUCUUCUUUUCUUCCUUUAUAAGUCCUUCUAUUUUUUUAUCUUUUACACUCGCAUUGGAUUUAUUUAUUGUUUUUCUUUUUACCUUUCUUUUUUUAUUUUUUUUCUGUCGUCUGUUCUUUUCUUUUCCAUUUCUCCUCCGUUUUCUUUCUUUUCUUUUCUCUAUCCUUUUUUGAUUACAUCCUUUAGUUUCUCCUCUUUAUCUUACAUUUUCCAACUUCUCUUUUUUGCUUUAGUCCUGGUAAAAUCAACCAAUGAAAUCUUUUUUGUCUCUCCUCCUAUUAUCUUUUAUUCUUUCUUUUUUUCUUUCUUUCUUUCUUUUUUUCUUUCUUUCUUUCUUUCUUUUUUUCUUUCUUUGCGCAUUUUAACUGCUCUUUCUUUUUCUUUCUUUCGUUUACACCUUUUUCCUUCCAUCCACGUUUUACUUUUUUCUCUUCCUUUAUAUCUUCCAUACUUUUUUCUUUAUUUCUUUCCAUGUAUUUUUUAUUUUUUCUUGUUUAUUUUCUUUUAUAUCAUGUUUUCAUUAUUCUUGUAUUUUCCUUUUUUUUUCCUUUCAUUUCUAUUUCGUUCGUACCGGCUUCAAUUUAUUUAUUUUCUCUUUAAUUCUUUUAUUCCCAUUCUUUCUUUCUUUCUUUCUUUCUUUCUUAAAUAUAUGACACGUUUAGUUCUUUUAGUUUACCUGGAUUCGUUCCCUAGCCAGAAUAUUUCAACGCUAGUUCAAAGCGAAGCAGAAAUAACAAGAGGCGACGAUUUCUUUCUUUCUUUCUUUCUUUCUUUCUUUCUUUCUUAA